CUGCCAUCCAGGCGCAACCAAUGUGUCAAAUCAAUUUACAAGUUUUGCCCAUAGAAGCCCUGUCCACCUUAGAGUAGUUCAGAGCCCCUUCAACAAAGCUCGCAUCAAAUCGCAUUACCAUGCAUACUCUCCUUAAUUCGGGACCUGCGCUAGAGACAGUGAUUGCUGCGACGAUCUUCGCUGUAAUUUACGAUCGGUGAGUACUGUAGUACUAUGAGUGGUUUGCUUUGCAUCCAUGAGUCAACCCCAUUGCUUACCUCAUGCACUUUGCAAUCUCAAUAGUCUAAAGAUUCUGCAAUCACUAAGUAGAACUGCUCACCGAUGGGCUGGCAGCACAUCUGGACAGCGAGUCGUGUUUCUGCUUUUGCAGUGCUAUGGCUGAUGGCACAACACGUAGUUCGUUGGAGUCCAGAUUUGUGCCGUGGCAUUCAAUAUUGCCAAAGUCUGCAUUAUCUGCAUAACGGAUGUAGCAGUCGAGACGGGACCAUUACUAACAGUGGGCGCGUCCAAGGCCUCGGACUCACCACGACUGACAUUAUUAUUGACCCA